AUGGCACAUACAUAUGACCUCAACCUAUAUACGUAUUUUGAUGUCAAAAUCAAUCCAGAGGCAUUGGAUCAGGUCGUGACCUCCACACAGACGGCAGCAGCAACAAGCAAUGGCUCUCUUGCGGGAAUAGAGUACCUGGGUCAUGUGGGCCAACUCAAAAAUCAUCUGCUUUAUCGGAUACCCAAGGGCACAAGGCCCAGAAGAGCAAUUAGAAGAGCAAAGGAACAGGCAAGUGGUCGAGGCAAUCUCGGCAGUUCAAGGUGUUAUCCAGGUGGAUGUCCAAACUCUACGACAAAGACACAAACGAGACGAGCUUUGAGAAUAAAGAUCAUCCUGCUUAUUUCGCCAAAUGUCUUCAGUACUCUAUUCAUAUUACAAAAUUUAUACCCUCGCAACCUCCCUCGUGCAGAGGACAAUCCAUUGACAUUGAAUAAAGAUGGAUUUACCAGUUAUUCAUGGCAAGUGGAAUGA